GUGCAAUGCCAUGGCCUACCCGCUGGGCCUACAGUCAGUCAGCGGGCUUCAAACAUCUGAAGCCCGAAAUGGGAUCUGUCCCGUUUCUUUCUGGAUUGACUUGCCACGAGACGAAGUUGCCUCCACCACCACCACCACCAGAUCGCCGCCGCCGCCAACACUCCCGCCAUGGCAAUCGGAGAGCGCACCACCUCGGGAUACACCGUCAAGUUCUGCGACCGCAAGAUCGCCAAGGUUCGGUGGCUCGAGGCCGAGCCCAUCUGCUUCGAUGGCGAGCAAAAGUCGUUCUUUGUCGCCGCCUCAGGCGACCAUCGGCCGCACAACAACCUCUCGCUCUGGUCGCUUUCGCACCGCGACCAGCAGGACGACUCGUCCGAUCCGGGCCGCACCCUGGUCUCGAUCGACUAUGGCGGCGAGGUGGACGCAGCCCCUGCGGAUGUCGAAUACCUCGAUCUGGAUUACUCGCCGGCGCGCCGACUCUUGGCUGCCGGCGGGUCGGACGGCAUCAUUCGGGUCUACGACAUGUCCCUUAGCCUGGACGAUCAAGAACCCGGGCCGCAUUUCUUGCAGGAGAUCAAAGCACACGGAGGAUCGGGCUCAAAGCCGGCAUCCUGCAGCGGCGUGGCCAUCCAUCCGAUCGCCGCUCAGCCCGAGUAUGCCUCAGUCGGAAGCGACGGAUAUGUUGUGCUCUCGAGCGGAUAUGGAUCCAAGCUACUGUCGAUCAUGAACCCAGACACCUCUCACACAACAGCGAUCAAGUGGCGCAACGCCAACGAGUUUGUGACUUGCGGCAUUUCUGGAACAGUCUCGGUGUUUGACCGGCGGCUUGCCAAGCGAGCCCAGUCGUUCCGGAGCAACAUGGAUGCCGUGGCGCUGAACUGCCUUGCCGUUCACUCGGAUUGCAUCGCUGCUGGUGGCGAGAACGGAACAAUCCAGUUCUGGGACGUGCGCAACACACCGGCCUGUGACAUUAUCUCGCCGCACUCGGAUAACGUGUGGGAGAUUCACUUCAACUCGAGAAACACCAGCGAGGUGCUCAGUUGCUCCGAGGAUGCAACGGUUGUCCUCUCGCGAUGCCCCUUUAAAGAUACCGGCUACUUUGACGUGCCCUCCAGGACAAAUGUAUCCCGCAAGAUCCAGAACUUUUACCAGCAGCAGUCGGUCAACAGCGCCAGCCUCGACGGGCUGGGCGUCCUGCUCUGCGGCGGCGACUCGAUGUCGCUCUCGGCCACGGCGCUGCGGGACUCGGCAGCAUUCAGCUUCGUCAAUUGAACGGCCAGCCGAGCCAGGCUCUGGUCGGCCUGUUUCCUCCUCUGCUCUCCUCGCCCCCCUGGCAGAAACAGCAAACACAGUUGGCCUUGGAGAGUGACGACGAUGACGGUGCAGGACCAACGAGGCCGAGCGGGGGGUGGUACAGGAC